AAAGGAUUGGAUAGCAGCAGUGAGAGGUAGCAAGUACCAUAGCAGCGGCGAAGCAGAGGAAAAUCUAUCGCUCGAAGUUUUUGUGCGAUCGGCUAGUCAGAUUUUAAAAGUAAAAUAAACAGCAGCUGCUAAGCUUCCGGAGGAUUAUUAGUGAAAAUUUCGCUUGUUUGACGCAACGUUGCUGUAGUUUUGUUCACUGAGAGCGAAAGUUAAGGGAGCUAUCUUUUCAUAAUUCAAUAAGUUGUAUAAUCAAAAUUAUCAAUAUGGGAUUGCGUCGAUAGUACUGUUUAAAAUUAUUUAUAUUUAAAAACGAUUUUCGUAAUACUGCUCUCUCAAUCAUACUGUAAAAUACUGCCGAUUGAAAACAAAAUGCUUUGUUACGAGGGCAAAUUAAGUUUGUACUGUUUCUCCAGUGCAGUCUUCUGCCUAGUGCUCCUUCUGGUGUUCUUCGAUUUGGGAGUGUUUUCGGAACCGAUCGAGUUCUGGGGCCGUGCUUCACUGCUGGGCAUUUACUAUCUAGCAUUAAAUGUUGUCAUCCGAUUGAAGUUUGCUUCCAAAGAUUAUCAGGUCGCCGUCCGUGCUACUUUCCUGGGUGCCGUCUUCACCCUCGGUGUCAUCAUCUUCCAAAGUUGCGAUGAAAAAUACAAAUCGUUUGGUAUAUACACCGCCCUGAUGGCCGGAUUUCACUACUCCGAGUACCUGGGAAUCGCAUUCUGCAACCCAAAAACCCUUUCGCCGGAUUCCUUUAUUCUGAACCAUUCGAUACACUAUGCGCUUGCUGCGGCCGCAAGCUGGGUGGAGUUCUUCGUGGAGGUGCAUUAUUUUCCAGAAAUGAAAACGCAUCGAAUACUUUGGCUGAUAGGGCUGAGUCUAUGCUUGACAGGCGAAGUUCUGCGGAAGUUAGCUAUGAUUACAGCGAGCAAAAAUUUCAGUCAUAUCGUUCAAUUUGAACGACAUCAAGGGCAUGAGUUGGUUACUACUGGAGUUUAUAGCUUGAUGAGGCAUCCUUCGUAUGUGGGAUGGUUUUGGUGGUCCAUUGGAACACAGGUCGUUCUCGACAAUCCGGUGUGCUUCGUGAUCUACACCAUCGCCAGCUGGAAGUUCUUCCACGAUCGUAUCUUCAUGGAGGAGAUCACACUGUUGAACUUUUUCGGCGAAGACUACUACAAGUAUCAGCAGCGCGUCCCAACGGGACUACCCUUCAUCCGGGGUUUCAAGGUAGAGCUGUGAUAUUUCGACCGGGAUCAUCCUGAAGACCGUGAUGCACACGACGGUACGAGAGACGAAGAUGGGAAUAACCACAGCCAGAGCGAGAGUGAUGAGACUGAUGAGUGGGGCAGCAGAAGGAAUCGCAAGUUGUGCGCUAGAGACGGUACGAGUGUUACGUUGGUUGUUGGUGAUGACGACGGCGACGAUGAUAAUGAUGACGAGGACGACGGUGAAAUUUAUGACGGUGACGAUUAUGGUCGGGACAGGGAUGAUCGCGGGAAUAUGACUGGAAGUUUCUACCACGGCCGCAAUAGACCUUAUUCAGGGAGUUACGAUAAUGUGUACGAUGAGUCAACCAUUGUCUAAUGUAGCGAAUAGAAACGCAGGGUGCAUGUAUGUACGUACUAUAGAAUGCGUCUAUCAUAUGUGUUUGUUCAUUUUUAUACUCAUACAGCUUUUGUUACAUCGAGAAUUUGUUACACUGUAUCUGCUGUACAGCAAAGCACAGUUUAUUCCUUACUAAAACAAAGUCAUUACUAAGUAGUAAACAAUAAACGAUAGUCACGACUGUU